UGGCUCCCCGGCUUCCGCAGGCGUCGUACGUAGUGCACGUGCCCGCUGCAGCCCCGAGCACGCACCGCCCGCGCAGGUCCCUUCAUCUGGGUCGCCGUCCCAAGGACUGCAUGACGGAAAACCUGCCGAAGCUAUAGGAUGGUGAGCCAGUGGAGCCUGCAGCCGUGGCCGUGGGCCGCCACGCCCCCGCACGCAGCCACCCUCCGCCACACACCGCCGCCCCCGCACGCCACAGACGCCUCUCCGCUGCCUGCCGACCCGCGCAGCUGGUCGCGGGAACACGUGUCGCUGUGGCUGCAGCAGAUGCAGGCGGAGCACGGCCUGCCGCUCGUCCCUGCGGACCGCUUCCUCAUGAACGGCAAGGCUCUCUGCCUCAUGACCGUCGACAUGUUCCUCGGCCGCGUGCCGCUGGGCGGCAAGCUGCUCUACAAGGACUUCCAGCUGCGCCUCGGCCGCGCCAUGCACUCCUGCAGCUGAGUUGGCAGCACUGCGCAGUCAGAGAUCACACGCGGUGCCCUCGCAGCUGACUCCAAGAUGGCAUAGCUGUCUCUCUGGCGGCGUCAAGACCGGUGCGCGGAUAUGUAUUUAUGACUAUAAGUUCCUCGUUAUGCAAAUAAGUUUACAGAAUCGAUUUAAGUUUACCUGUGACACGUUUUGUGCAGAAACGGCACUGUAACGAUUUUUGUUACAUCGCCUCAGACUAUUUAAAAUUACAGAGAUAGGCUACUAAAUUUCGAAACUAAUGACCGACCAUAUAGAACAUCAACAUAACAAGACUGCCAGUGCUAUGAGUGGCGAUGUUCACUUUCUCGUAAACAAAGCUGUCUGUUAAUGCUGACUAGUUUGUCUUCAGUUAGGUCGAAUUAGUGAUGGGAACAAACGAAUGAAAACAAUCGACUCUUUCGGUUCUAGCGUCACGCAUCCGUUGAAUUAUUCAUUCAUUCUUUUCUUAAGUGAAACCAGUCUGUGGGAGCAGCCAAAUGUAAACAAUCGAAUCAGUCUGUUACAGUCUUACAUGUCGGUUACAUUAUUCACUCAUUUCUUUCACGUGAAACCAUUCUGUGAGAGCAACCGAAUGAAAACAGUCGAUUCAGUCUGGUAGUGUUUUGUGUACUGGCUGAGUUGUUCAUUCUUUCUUUGCCAGAGAAACCAAUCUUUUUUUUAGGAUUUCUGUCGGUCAGUUUCGUUCACUCAUUUGAGACCACUGUUUAGUGGUUUUGUUAGCUAAGUUAUCCAGUUAUUCUUCUGAGUGGAACGAGUCUGUAUUAAUUUCAUUAGAUGAAGUAAAAUAGUGGUAUGCAAAGUGUUGUGAUUGACAGUUUUUACAACACAACUUUUAUUUACGUGAGUCUACAUGGAAAUGACUGAAUAACAACGAAAAGUCACAAUCACAAAGCCAGUAAGAAUUUCCUUCCUACCAGAGGCAACAAAGAUAACUUUUAAGUUUUCCCGCACACACACACACACACACACACACACACACACACACACACACUUAAUACCAAGUCCUAUUCCGACGGCGAAGACGUACUCUUCCGUGGGGACGUCCUUGAGAUCGGUAUUCGGCAUGAACUGACGUCCGAUGCUGGUUCUAGCCUUUAAAUAGUAUUGGUCAGCCCAUCAGAUGUUGUUGUAGUAAUACUUUCUGCAGGCCAUCUCGAACACCCUCUGCAGGAAGUGGUACGCGGAAUGUCUUUUACCAAAACAGCCGAUGUUUACCAUUGCUUACGCCUUUGGGCAUAGGCGACCUCGGUCCUGUGUCGUGUUAGAUGUGUUGCCGGCCCGCAGGGGCUACCUUGGCGACGGCGUGUGAUCAAAACGUAACGGGAAUCUGUUUUUCUUCAAGAAUCUUUAUUAUUAAUUUAUCGACAUCAACUUUGUCCUCUUCAAUGUAAUCUCCCUCAGAUAGUACAUUUUUUCCAAUCUUAGAAGUUCUUCUGUUCCUCUCUUUUCGUAAUGGUGUUUAGCUCCUUCAGCGAUUUUAUUCUUACCUCACCAAAGGUGGCAAAACGACGUCAUUUCACGAUUCUCUUCACCCUCACAAUUAGAAAGAAAUUCCAGGAGGCCGUGUGCGGCGAAUACGGUGCCUGAGGCAACAUAAUGCUUUUGUUUUUUGCAAAAAAAAAAAAAAAAAAAUCAUGAACAGGCUUUGAGAUAUGAGCGUGAGCAUUAUCGUGGUGCAAUUUCCACGAGUGCUUUAGUCACAAUUCUGGUCGUUUUCUUCGGAUUGCUUCACUCAGAUGGCGCAUAACUUCCAAGUAGUAAUCAUUACUCAUAAAGUUAGACAGCAUCGCCUGUGGAUCUCAGCGAUCUCGUGCUAAUCUUGUUUUAAUCAUCAGUAUUAAUUAUUGACUUUUCGACGAUACGGCACACAUGAUGCACUAUCCCACUGUAACCGAAGAAAGCUGUAAAAAGAAACUCCACACGUGAUCGAGCUUGUCGAACUUUUUCGGCCUUGGCUCUUCAGGAAGUUUCCGUAGGGACCCUUGAUCAUACCCGUAUACUCAUGUUUCAUCACCUGCUAUAACCUUCUCCACAAGUUCUGGAUCGUUGUGACUUCAUUCAGCGAUCCCUGCGCCAUGUCUACACGACAUUGUUUUUGGCCGAAAUCCAACAGUUUCGGAACAAACUUUGUGCUAUAGAUUUCAUGCCCACAAAAUCUGAAAAAAAUUGCUUGGCAUGAGUCAAAAAGACAUGCUAACGUUAUCAGCAAGCUCUCUGAUGGUUACUAUGGGAUCUUCGAGAACCAUUUACUUUACUUCUUCUACAUUGUCAUCAGUAAUUGAUGUGCUAGGGCGUCCAGGAGAGUUGUUAUUUUCAACGUCUUCUCGGGCCUCUUUGAAACGUUUAUACCACUCGUAAACUCUUGUCUUACUCAUAGCAGAUUCGCCAAAAGCCCCAGUCAGCAUCUCGAAUGCUUUGCUGCACUUCAUUUUUCAUCAAUGUAACUUCUCUGAUCGGUCUUGUUAGAAAGUAAAAACAUUAGCAUCUUUUCUACUACCAACAAUAAAGUAAAUAUUCAAAGCAGCUGAAAAUGCAACCAUACGCCAGGAACAGGUGUACGAACAUGCCAAAAAAAUUGAAACUCGGAUUUAUAAAGCCUGCAGAAUUAAAAAAUUCCCGUUACUUUUUGAUCACACCUCGUACAAUACGGAAUAUACACAUACCCCCAGGGGAUAACCAUAUCCCCACGUGUACACGAAGUCAUCUCCGCGGUCACGUUAAAGUUAAAAUAACCAAUAUAAAUCCUUUUCUGAAUAACGGAAUGCAAACAAACUGCAAAACUUUGAAACUGUUCCUUCCGUCUCCACUACUAUGCUUGCUCAACAUUGUAGCUUACUUCCUUUGUUAGCUAAUUUUAUCUGAAAGAAUUAUUGCACAGCUAUCUAUUUAUCAGAAGAAAAGAAGAAUUAGUUAUUCGGUACAUAAUUAAAUGAAUAUUUAUUAAUUAUAUUGCUUAUUAAAAACUUCUAGCCGAGAGCGUCUCGCGCUCUCCACGUCAGCGUCCCGCUGCCGCCAGGACCGGAGUAACAGACACGGCGAGGAGGUGGCGCGGUGGCCAGUCAAUCGCCGCUGACUCCGGCACUACUGCGCUGGUGCUCGCCACCUCCUUGCACUGUCUGCUACCCUGGUCCUGGCGGCACCGGGAGAAGGCUACGGCGGCGAUGCCUCGCCCCCCAAAAGGGGGGCAUUUGCACAGAUACAUUCUUCAUAUUGCUGACGUAAUCGAGAAAAACUUGUGUCAGUCUGUUCUCUCACAUUGAGUGAAACUUCAAGCUGAAGACUAACAUGGUUGCAGACUAGUUUCAUGGGCUGUUUCUAUUUGACUGGAAAAAAAGACUAAAAGGAAUAAACAACCACCUAGUCAGUGGGGUGGGUGGCCAAUCGGUUGUUGCAGACAGACCUUUGUCCUAUCACUAGGUCGUACUGAUGUUGUCUAUAUAUUUUAUUGACAAAUGUUCUGAAUUUGUCUAUUUGUGAUAACUAAUGAAUAAGUCAAUCUAAGGACCUAACAACUGUGCUCCUAGAGACAGUUCUGUAUCUCGUAACUAUUUAAUCAUGUGUACAACAAACAACAUAAAAUGUGUGGGAAUUAAUAAGAAUGAGGUUCACUUAUGAAUAAGGUUUCUUAUAAUAUCAUUAUUUAUUAAGAAACUUUCUUGUUACGUUUAAGCAUCACUUUGCAGCCCACUACCUGUAUGGAUACUGAGUAUAAUAAGAGUGUGGGUUGGCUGAAAAGGAAAACCAUAGCACUGAGCAGAGCUACUGGCAAUACCACCUUCCCCCUCCCCCAGCUCAUUCACACAGAAUACGAAUGGAAGGAUGUCACUUCCACUUCUGUGAUGUUACUGCUAAACACUAAUGAGUAAAUGACAUUCAGUUUUUCUUCUUCUGUGUGACACACACAGUGUUCAUGCACAAUCGUUCAUUUGUUGCACCUCAGAGCAAAUGAAGCUGGUUCCUAGUUGUUACACGGAGCAAUGAACUCAUGGUACACGUAGCAAAGGAAUUUCGUGAAACAUUUAUAAUCCUUGUAAAAUAAUUUAAAAAAUGAAGCUAACAUUUUGUUUGUGUUUUCUCCCACUCAGCCGUAAGCAUAAAACAGUUUCUCCUACAUUCUCGUAUAAAGAAAUUCGGCUUUACAAAAGUCAACAAAGUCCAUACAACAAUCGAAAAAAUCUAACUAAACAUUUGCAGUAGACACAACAGACCGAGCUCUACUUCUGUGUCUCCCAACUUUUUCAAUGUUGUUUAUCUCAUCCUAGAAAAUGAGUCAGCAACCUUUGGGAAGAACUGUGGUAUGCUUUUAAAUAUUUCCAUCAUUUGUAGCGCAGUCAAAAUAAUAGAGUUCUAAAAUGUAUUCAUCUUCCAACAGCACUGAAAAACUAAAACCGUCCAACUGUAUUCAUAUAAUACAGUCAGCAUAUGUUAUUAAAUGAAAUGUAAGAUGUGUAGGUUUCAGCGAACUUUGUCUGUGUCAUAAUUUAUUGCACUUCUUGUAAAUGUGUAAAUAAACGUUUUUAUUUAUGA